AGCAGAAAAGGAGCUGAACCAGCUCAUCUACCGCCAUUUGAAGGAGCAUGGUUUCCUUUCAGCUGCAGAGGAGCUUCAGAGGCACAGCCCACAGGGGGACUCAAACCCAUCAGUCUCUUUAUUAGACAUCUACAAAUCAUGGUUAAAGGAUUCAAAAAAGAAAAGGCGUCGGAAAUCAGAAAAAUGCUCGAAAUCAGGAGAAGGAAAGACUCCCUCUAAAGCCAAGGCUGCCUCACCAAGGAAGAAGACGGAUAAACCAGCUAAAAUCCCAGCUUCACCAAAGAAGUCUGUUCCAGCAAAAAGAAAAAAAAGCGACGAAAAGCCAAGUCAAAGUGUUAAAGCAAAGAAAUCUAAGCCUAACCCAACGGAGAAAGCCGCCAGUGACGGAUCAGACUCUGACAGCAGUCUGGACAUAGAGAAGUGGAAGAAAGUACUGGACCAGUUGACAGAGGCCGACAUUGCCAAGAUGGAGACCAUCAACGCUCUGACCUCUGAAUCGCAACCCAAGAAAAAGAGAGCCAGAAAGCCGCAAGCCAAACCUCUGUCCAAAGCCGACGCUCCCGUCCAGCAGAAUGGUGAGACAACUGGACAGGAUGAACAGGGCAAUGAGAAAGUUGAGACACAAACGCCGACAAAGAAGAACGCAGCAAAAAGGAGCAAGAAAGAAAAUCCAGAGCCGGUGUCCUCCCCGAGCAAGCGGAGUCCAAAUAAAAGAGUAAAAAGUGAAGAGGACAAGCAGGUUUCAUCCGAACUUCCUGAGAAAGAUGAAAAACAAACACAAUUACAAGAAACAUCGGUCCCUGUGAAUGCCAAAGAUGAAAUGGCACAUGAAACCAAGAAAAAGAAGAAGAAGAAAAAGAAAGAAAAGGAGGAAAAUGGAGACCGGACAGAGAGGAGUGAAAAUGAGACAAAUAGUGAUGGAAAAGACAGGACACAAAAGAAGAGGAGUGAAAUCACCGAGCAGGAGGAUGCUGGUAAGACAGAGGGAGCAAGGAGAACGACUAAAGAAGGACAGAUGGAAGAGAGAGGCAGUGACAGUGAGAACAUUUCUGAGUUAAGCUUACAGAAAAAGAAAGCAAAAAAGAGGGAAAAAGACAAAUCCAGCAGCGAGGAAGGUUUAGCUCAAAUAGACACGAAAAUGAUGGUUGUUGGUGAAGAAAAUUCCAAACAACCAGAUAAAAAAACAAAACCAAAGAAAAAGAAAGAAAAUAACAAUAUGGGGGGUAAUUUAGAACAUAUAAGUGUGGAGGAGGAAGAAAGCGGUGAGCAAAACAUUGAAGAAAUAGAGAAUGCUAAGGAAAUGGUAACAAACGAGAAAACCAGCAGUGAGGAAUAUUCGGCUGAAAUGCAUAAAAAGAAAGAAAAGAAGAAGAAGAAAAAGGUGCUUUACAAUGAAGGGAGUUCAGAACUGGUAGAAGAUUUGAAAGCAAAUCCAGAGCAAAUCAUAACGAGUACAGAUGAAGCUGGAGGCGACAAGAAAGGCGAGCAAAACGAUCAGGGAAAGAAAGCAAAGAAAAGGAAAGACAAAAGCCUUGUGGAGGAAAAUUUAGAGCAUGAAACUGUGGCAGUAGAAGAACAUGUUGAAGACGAAUACAACUCAGAGCAAAUGAGUGGGAAAAAGAAAUCAAAGAAGAAGAAAAGAGAGUCUCUUGGCUGCAAAGAAUUCCCAGAGGAAGUAGCUCAAGAAAAAAAAGCGAAAAAGAAGAAUGAGAAGUCUGAUGAAAAUGAUUCAGUCGAAGAAGAGAAGCCAAAAGACGACGAUGAUCAUACGAACAAUAAAUCUACAUUGGAGACAGACGAGGGGAGUCUGGAAAUCACAAGUCCUCUGAAAAGAAAGAAAAAGAAAAACAAAUUAAAAUCAGACGAGGCUCCAGAGGAAGCUGAAAUUUCUACGCAAAAUGCCUCCACAACACAAUCUAACUCAGCUGACGUCCACAAAAAGAAAAAGAAAAACAAGAGGACAGAGUUGUGAGAAGAAUCGACUCCUUAACCCAGUCGAGGCUCAGAGUGAAGCUACGCAUCAUUUCUAACCAGAACUACAUGGGUUAAAAAGUCAGCAUAAAAAAACUUGUAAAUAAAAUGGACAUUUUAAUUUUGGUACCAUUUGUACUUUUUACCACGUGAAGGUGUGUUUUUACUACAUGUCAUGUUUUGUGUCCGAUCUUUCACCUGGGAGACUUCUACAUUAAAUUUCUGAUCAGAGUUAACUUCAUAUGUUAGUUCAAGGACUGCAAUU